GCUUGCCGUAGAAAGCACUUCCGGGUGUAGCCAAGCGUUGCUAUGACAUCGGUCACACUUUGUUUUCCAGAACCGAACCGAACAGAAUUCCUAUCGAGCCAGUUCUGGUCUCGGUUUUCGGCUGCGCCAUGACGAGAAACCCAGCAAACAAAACCGGAAGUCUGUGCGCGGCCAACAGGACCAAACAGCAGCUCCUGCAGGAGCUGGUCUGUCUGAAGGCAGAUCUGGACCGAGAGCGCGAGGAGAAGAACCACUUCCAGCUGGAGCGGGACAGCAUGCUGGUUCUGAAGGGGGUUCUGGAGAAGAAGCUGCAGGAAGCUGAAGUGAAGCUGAGCAGCAUCUGCAAGGAGAGGGAGGAGGCUGAGGAGCGCCACCAGGUGGAGAUCUCGGUCUACAAGCAGAAGCUGAAGCAGGUCCUGUCACGUCAGCAGAGCAGCACCGCCUCCACCUGCAAGCCGGUCCAGAACCAGAACCUGCCGGUCCAGGAGACGCUGGCGUUGAACCACCAGGUGGAGCUGAUGGAGCAGAGCAACCGCUACAGCCGCAAGCUGCGAGACGUGGAGGUCAAGUUUGACCUGAAGAUGAGGACUCUGGUGGAGGAGCAGGAGCGGAGGCGCGCGGCGGCCCUGCGGCAGCUGAAGCAGCAGACGAGGAGCUACGUGGCGUCUCUGAAGGAGGAGCACAGCAGAGCGCUGCGAGGAGAGGAGGAGCUGCGCUCAGUGGCUCAGGAGGAGCUCAGGGAGCUAAAGGAGGAGCUGCAGGAGGCGCAGCAGCUAAACAAGGAGCUGUCAGCUGCUCAGGAGAAGAACCGAGGCCUGGAGGAGGCGCUGGAGGAGGCACGGAAGCGUCUGCAGGAUCUCCGGCGGGCUGAGGAGGAGGCGGCGGACCUCCGGUCUUCGCUGAAGGAGGCGCAGGAGGAGCUAGGGGGUCUGAGGGAGGAGAACAGACUUCUGCUGCGGGGCUUCUGCAAGGUCCAACAGGAGCGGGACGAGCUCCUCAGGAGGCAGGAGCACAGCAUGGCAGACCUGCAGAGGAGGAGCGCGCUGAAGGAGGAGCUGCUGCACAGGAAGCUGCGGGCUCUGAACCGGUUCCUGGAGAGGAAGGAGGCGCAGCUCCUGGUUGCUCUGUCACCUCCUGCUGGCGACCCGGCGGAGAGCGGCACCGGAGAGGAGCUGAAGGAAGACUCUGAAGUCCAAGGACAGCAGGUUCUGGACUGAGGAGGUGGAGUCCUCCUUCAGGAGGUCCUGGAGGGGAGACACCCACCCUACCAGCAGGUUUCAGCGUUUGGCAACUUCCCUAAGGGCGGAGCUCCUGAGGAGGUUCUGAGGUCCUUCAGGACCCCCGUCCAGGUGAGAACUGAAUCAUCUGGUCUCAGAGCUUCUCCUGAGACCAGAACCAGACUCACUGCUGGACCGAGUCUGUCAGAUCCUCCAGUCUCAUGGGGGUGGUCCACAUGAUCCUCCUGAUGAGGGAGGGACUAACUGAGCAUGUGCAGAGAAUGGCUGUGGUGGAGCGGUCCCGACUCAGGUCUGAGUCUGUAACCGUCGGAGACCUGCUGAUGGAUCGACUGUAGUUCUCCGUUUGACCAGCAGGCGGCGCUGCAGUCUGAGGGAACCGCUCAGCCCGCGUUGGAUGUUCAGGUUUACAUUCAGUUUCAAUAAAGUACAGUUUGAACGGAU